AUGGCAACAACGUUUUGUGACGAAAAAAGGCCCAACACGUUAAUUUUGAUUGCCGAAGACGGUGAUUACUUUGAAACAUUGUUAGAAGCUGUAAAACGCAAAUGGAAGGUCGAAGUAUGGUUCUGGAGUGGUAUUUUGAAUUGUUUUAAUAAUCAUGAACCAACUAAGCUUUGCAAAAAGCAUUUGUUUCCGAUAAUUGUAUCAGAUGAUUUAAAACUUUCUUUCCCCACCGCAGGGGCAUCGGAUAAAAUCAAGUACGAAGCUAAAAUUCAUUACACUCAACUCGAAACAUGUUAUAAAUUUUUUAUCUAUAUCAAUGGAAAUCCAUAUAAUGGAAUGGAAAGCCUUGAGAUUACAAGUUGCACUAUGAUCGAAAAUAGAGAAAUUAUGGAAUGGCUCGCAAAUCUAAAUUUAUUUAGCUGGAUUAACCGGGAAAAUGAUUCAAUAUUUUUAUAUUUUAGCAAUAAAGCAGAAUUGCAAAUCGCAAAGGAAUGGAUCAUGAAAGAACUCAAGGAAAUAGUCAUUUGGGAAGAUGACUCUUCAGCCAUAUACGAAGACGGUAUGGAUAGAACUCACAUCGUAGCACUCGCAAAAAAUAUCCUCCAUUAUACUAGCACCCUUGCUACGCAUAUCAGUAUCCCGGAUGUGAAUCCAUGCUCAUUAUGUGGAAAAGAGAUUUAUUCUGCAUCGAACCCGCCAUACAAAGAAUUUACCCUAGCUUCGUGUGGACACAUCUUUCACCAGAAGUGUCUCGAAGAGUAUCUGGAAAAGGGAUCACAAGACAAGACUACAACCCCGACUGCAGAUACCAACUCCAAGCAAGUGGAUUCGGGAGAUCAAACACCUGUGGACAAGGCUGAUGUAAUUCUUAUGAAUGAACUAGGAAUAUUAGGCGGAGAGGAACAAAAAACUUUUGAUCAGGCAACCAGCCCUAUUGAGGUUGUUAGCACUACACCUGACAAUUCCGACAAUUUGGAUGACUCGAUUUCAAAGGACACUAGCAGUCAAAUCCAACGUUCUAUAU